UUUUAAGUCUGAUAAGUUGACUGUGGAAAAAUUCAGAGAGGGUGUGUGGUGUGAGAAAAACAGGCUGCACUGCCAACAUUGUUCGACUAUAGUAGAAGACCAAAAUAACGGACACAGUGGACUCAUUUGCUUUCCAACCACUGUUGGAUUCAACGUUUAAUGACUUUUAUUAUUUGUACUACAAAAACACUAACUGGGAAUAAUGUUUUUCCGUUGGAUUCUACUGGUUGUCUCUUUGACGAAUUUCCUGUGGGAUUUUUAUGUGUCCAGUUGUGAUGAGAAUUGUGCAGAUAAACCUGAGUUCACUCCCUCCAUACUGGUUGUCAAGUUUGGUGACCCGACCUCUGCCAGCUGCGCUGCAUGUCAGCAUGACUGCAUAGGCUACAUUUUUAAAAUCGAAAGCAAUUCAGGAAAGACAGAAACAAGCAGGACCGUGAUUACAUGGAUGGUCGACAGGCUGACUGAGUGGGACGCAUCACCCUUGUGCUACUAUACCAUUCCUCAAGCCCAGUGUUGUACCACCCUGCCUGUGACUGUCUACAAGCCUCCAGACGAUGUGUCCAUCAGCUUUGAUAAUCACACUGGGCCAAUGUUUGAGGGUCACCAGUACACUCUGCAGUGUACAGUGGAGGAAGUCGCUCCUAUUGAAAACCUCACUGUGACUUUUUAUAAAGGACAAACAGCACUAGGUCAACUUCAUUCUGAAAACAUCACAGAGAAGAAACCAGUGAAUGAGACCUUCACUUUAGACAUCACCCCCAGUAAACAAGAUGAUGGAGCCCAGUACUGGUGUGAAGCAAAGCUGGAACUGGGACCUGAAGGACCACAGCUCCCUCCAGUGGUGAUAUCACAAAAGAUCCCAGUCACUGUGUACUAUGAGCCUCAGAUAGAAUCAUCUCAUGCACAUACGAUCACCAUCACAGAGGGAGACCCUUUACAACUGAACUGCUCAGCUGUGGGAAACCCCAGCCCCUCGUACACCUGGACGCUCCCAUCGACUCACUCUUCCUCCCUCAAUAGCAACGUUUUCACUAUCGACUCUGUAACUGCUGCAGAUGAAGGGUCGUACAACUGCUCUGUCAGCAACAUCAUGGGGACUGUCACUGUGAGGUUCAGAGUGGUCGUCCAAGGUUUAACCACAACCACACUGCCAACAACAACCGCAGCCACCACAACAACCCCAAAGACAACAACCACCCCGAACAGUGCCACCACCAGCAGCGCACUGCUUCACAGGUUCAUAAUGUGUUUCAUGCUUUUAUUCUCUAUUCUGUGUGGGAGGAAGCUGGACUACCCGGAGAGACAUGGUGAGAACGCACAAAAGGGCUCCCCCAACCUGGGUUUGAACAGGGAACCCUCUUACCUGUUUCUAACUUUCAAUUUUGAGUCGCAGUCUCUCUGGCCAUCUUUGGGCUCGACCGUUUGUAUUACCGUGCAUCUCGUUCGCUUACAAUACCCACCGGAGACAAUGUUUAGCUAUCACAUCUUUGUGGUUUUGUCUUUGAAUAUUCUGCGUGACCUGAGUAUGUCCGUUACUGCCUGUGAUGAGAAUUGUGCAGAUAAACCUGAGUUCACUCCCUCCAUACUGGUUGUCAAGUUUGGUGACCCGACCUCUGCCAGCUGCGCUGCAUGUCAGCAUGACUGCAUAGGCUACAUUUUUAAAAUCGAAAGCAAUUCAGGAAAGACAGAAACAAACGGGACCGUGAUUACAUGGAUGGUCGACAGGCUGACUGAGUGGGACGCAUCACCCUUGUGCUACUAUACCAUUCCUCAAGCCCAGUGUUGUACCACCCUGCCUGUGACUGUCUACAAGCCUCCAGACGAUGUGUCCAUCAGCUUUGAUAAUCACACUGGGCCAAUGUUUGAGGGUCAGCAGUACACUCUGCAGUGUACAGUGGAGGAAGUCGCUCCUAUUGAAAACCUCACUGUGACUUUUUAUAAAGGACAAACAGCACUAGGUCAACUUCAUUCUGAAAACAUCACAGAGAAGAAACCAGUGACUGAGACCUUCACUUUAGACAUCACCCCCAGUAAAGAAGAUGAUGGAGCCCAGUACUGGUGUGAAGCAAAGCUGGAACUGGGACCUGAAGGACCACAGCCCCCUCCAGUGGGGAUAUCACAAAAGAUCCCAGUCACUGUGCACUAUAAGCCUCAAAUAGAAUCAUCACUUCCAGAUGAGAUCACCAUCACAGAAGGAAACCCUCUACAACUGAACUGCUCAGCUGUGGGGAAACCCAGCCCCUCAUACACCUGGAAGCUCCCAUUAGAUAGCCCCUCCCCCUCCAAUAGCAGCGUUCUCACUAUCAGCUCUGUAACUUUUGCGGAUGAAGGGUUGUACACUUGUACCGUCAGUAACAGCAGGGGGACUGUCACUGUGAAGUUUAACGUUGAUGUCCAAGUCAACAUGGGAAUCAUUAUAGCCGUGAUAAUUGGAGUUUUUGUUCUUGUCAUGACCGUCUUGGGCCUUCUUGUUUACUUCUAUUGCUACAAACCCAGCCGAGUGGGACAGUACAACCUGAAGGACGUUUUCCGCUUGCACGCACGACACUCCACCGUGCCCUGUGCAGAGUAAGUCUGCGGGAGGACAUAAAAUGUGUAUGGACAUUUGUCGCAUCUCUCUCUCCCUCAUUUCCUGUUAUCUGUCCACUGACACUAUCUAAUGAUAUACAGUACCCCAAAUUAUAUCAUAAAAAUGAGUUGAAUUCAAGUUUUAACUUUAACUUUAACUUAACCUCACUACUGAAUGGAACAAGUCACCAUCUCUCUUUUAUCUGCUGUGUUUACAGAAGCUUUAUAUACAAAUACUGGUUUUGUACAAAAACAUACAGUAGAUCAUGUAGUAGUAGCUUACAGAGACACUUUAACAGUUAUAACUUUAUAGAAGCAUCAUUUGACAGUGAUUACAAGCAACUAUCCAUUAUGCCUAUAGGGGAUUCCCAUUAAUGUAUGGGGUUUAUUUUUAUGAAAAAUAUUUUGUGAUAAUUGAAAGCAGCUAUUCAGUAAAUCUACAUACAUUUAAAGUGCAGUGUUAAAGUCUGACACAGUGUUGCACUGCAACAUGUAUGUAGCUCAGUUCCUUACCACAAAAAUGUGAAUAUUUCACUUUGUCUAGAGUUACAAGACCAAAUCCUCUGUAUGUGUGAAGCAAAUACAAUAUUAUGGGUCACAUCUUCUUUUUUUAAGAGACAGGACUUUUUACCUUAUCAUUAUAGAUUUUUCUUGCUCCCACAAAAAGACUAAUGACGUGUUGGCUAUCUCUCAGUGCAUUCCUGCUUUCCUGCCCUGUGUGUAGCACCCAGCCCCAAGUUCACUAGCUCGGGGUUGAGUGUGUAGCAACAUUGCUCAAAGGGAAGUUCAAACUGCAUUUGUUGGGGACUAUUUUCAGCUGUGGAUUUAUAUAUAUUUGGCGCACUAGUGAGUAUUAAAGACAGCAGGAUGUUGUACAUGGGUUGGACUCGACACAAACCACAGUACCCUUGUUGACUGUAAUGAAGGAACAUUGGUGCAACCAUUUGACACAUGAUAGGUUUUUAAUAGUUUUGCAGUGGUGGCUAAAAGUUUGGUAGACAGGGUAGUGUAAACGCCACCCUAGGGUCUACUUUAGAUUUAUAAUUGUGCUUUCGUGGUACAUUUUAUGAAACAAAUUUGUAACUCGUCAGAUUAUUACAAAAUCAUUUCCACAUAGACUCGUGAGGUGUCUUGAGGCAGUUGCCUGUUUUACCUGGUUGGUAAUCCAGCCUCGAGUAGGAUCAGCUCAUUGUUUGUUUCAUCUUUUCAUGGGAACUGAAUAAUGAAAAUAGAGACUAUCACCAGACUUAUCCUUGAACGGAUGCACAACCUUGAAUUUGGUAGAGAGCCUCUGGUUCAACAGGUUUAGCAGUAAAUAUAGAAGUGCUGAUAUUGUUGCUGUUGUCGUCAUUUCAGUGCCUUCAUUGGUUUUUAGAACGUCAGACAAAGGACUGCAGUUCAACACUAGUUUGCCAGCUCUGGCACAUUUACAGAAAUGUUGAUUAAUGUGUGUUGUCCUGAAAUACACAAAUAUUUUAGUCCAGCUGCAGUUUUAUACAGAAACAUAGUUGAUUAUUGAAGUAGAAUGCUGGCAGACAAAAGUUUACAUUCUAUACCAAAUGUUUGAUAUUAGAAUAUGAAUUUAUAUUAAAUGUAUACAGGCUAAUAAUGUAAUUUGAUAUAUGACUCAAAAGUGGAAGUAGUUUAGAAAUAAAUCAGUAUUUAAUUUGAAUAACAAAAAAGUUAAAUAAUAAAUUACAACAAUCAAAUUUUUAAAAAAUGAACCAAUUUUAUAUUUUGUCAUUUGCCAAGGGAAAUGAGAAACUAAAUUUAUGUUAUUAAGUUAGUAUUAUGUGGUGCUUAUUGGGCCACAGUGGUCUGAAACAAGGUAAAGGUGUUGUUUUUGGUUUCUCUCUGUUGUAUUUUGGCAGUCUUACUGCAAAUGACCUAAUAGCUUCAUUCAGAGAUGUGCUGUGUAUAUAUAAAGCUCAAUAAUAGUAUUUGAAAAUGCUUGCACAGGACUUCACAGCUGUGUGUUUAAACCACUGAAACUUUGAGCCUGACCUCAUUCCAGCCCAGCUACUGAUGGUGCAAGUUUCUGUGUGCAUGUAUUUGUAGUGUAUAUCUUUGUGUAUGGUGUAUGCAUUGUAUUCAGAGAUGUGCUGUUUAUAUUUAAAGCACACACACUUUCUGUGUGUGUGUAUGUGUGUGUAUUUGUUGUGUACAUGUGUGUAUGGUGUAUGCAUCUGUUGUAUUGCUGUGCUAGCUUAAUGACACUGAAAAAAAGAACUAGAUGCAAGCAAAAACUGUAUAAAACUGAACGGCUCACUUAAGGAAAAUGCUUUGACCACAUUUAUUUGAAAAUGUAAUUAAAUUAUCACUUUGUACAAACAA